AUGGUGUUCGCUCCAGGCGAGAAACCUGGAAACGAGCCUGAAGAGGUGAGGCUGCAGAAUGCCAGCAAACAGAUUGUGCAGAAUGCCAUCCUGCAGGCUGUGCGACAAGUUUCCCAGGAGAGUCGGCAGAGGGAAGAGAGAGCCAAUGACAACCGGGGCAGCUUCCAGCUGGGAGUAGGGCAGUUAACCAAGAAGCACGAAAAGAAGUAA